UUUGUCGCUGUAGGACGAGGUAGCUUGCUGCAGCCGCGAGAGACCGCGAGUCCUGUGUGGCGGCACCAUUGACAGUUGCUGAACAGGCAGGCGUGCCUUGCGCUUCUUGUCCAGGGAACGUGACCCGUUGCCAGGAACCCCCGAACCAGGGGGGGGGCGACCUCCCCGCCGUCCAUGUUGUGCCUGGCGUGUCAUCCUCUCGAGCGUCCGCAGCGAUGAUCAGCGGGAUGCAGCGCUUCUCUUGCGGGCGACGUCCUUGGGUUGCCGACUCGGCACACCGUUCGCGCUGAGAGAUUGGGAAACGACACUUUCCUUCGUUGCUCACCUCUUGAGUGAAGUUAUACCUAACCUGUCAUGGAGCUGGACGAAGAUAGUGAAGUCAUUCCAGACGCGGAGACCAUGGAGUUUUAUCGAAUAGGUCCACCGGUUCCUUCCAUCUUGAGGAAACCAGGAGAGCGGCCUAAACGAUUGGAAGUUUCCCGAAGAGUGUCCUUCUCCAAGGACGUCUCAGAAGGGUCGUCGGAGUCCCUUCAUCGUCGAUUGCGUUUUAACGCCACUCCGCCAGGAAGGACACUCAGGAAGAAACAGAGCAUCUCGAUCAUCGCAUUCUGUUCCUUCGCCAUGGUCACUUUGGUGGGUGUUUUCUGGGGCUACAUCAUCCACGGCAUCGUCCACACAGAAGGAGUGACGCCUACGCCGCCUUACCGAAACAGGGAGUACUUGAAGGCUAGCCCUCAGGAAGAAGUCUUGAGAGACCUCGACGACUCGGACUACGCUGUCCCCAACUUGGUGUUCCUCACGGAGCGGUCCAGGCGUCGCCGGCUCCGGACGCCCGUGGUGGUCCUGAGACGACACCCGCCGCCGAUAGCGUCGCCGUCGCCUUCGCCGCCGACUCGGCGCUGGAACCGCACGCGAUCCUACCGACCUCGGCGGCGCUCCGCGAACACGACCACAACGACGACGCGCCGACGGCGCACCAAGCUCACGCGCAAGCCCGUGUUUCAAUGGCGCUCCAAGGUACUCGUGACUCCUGCGUCGACGACCGAGACCGACAGGACCGGGCCGUCGGCGAUCGAGGACGAGGCCGCGACGUCGCCGCCUCCUUCACUGGAGGAGGCGACCUCUGGAGAAGGCAGGAAUGGAGACGACAAUGCCCUCUUUCCGGGCGUUGACGGCGACGUCGAAGACGAGCUUGGUGCCAGCGGCGGCUCACAGGAAACCACCUCCCGCAGGCGAGGCGGACUCUUGGGCACUCACUCGGCCUUGGGAGACGCCGCCGGAAACGACACUUCUUUGGCCGGCAACAACACCGAGGUCGCCGACGUUGCUGGACCCGUAGAGUACAGCACCACGGACAACACUACCACGUGGCUGAACGACUCGGCUGGCGCUGGUGCGGAAGUGUCACAGGAUUCGUCGCUCGAAUCGUCUGCUGGGGAUUACGAGGAUGACCACACCGGCGCAGGCGGAGAGGAGACCAUUUCUUCAAACGCCUUGUUGAACGAUGAGGAGGAGGCAGUAGCAAAGGAUGUUGACCACCUGGGUCGAAAUGAGUCGUCGUAUUCUGUCCUGGUCGACGAAGGGACAAGCAGCGGCGCUCUUACGACGGACACGACGACGACGUUGAGCGGGAGCGUGACAACGCAGAAAUCUGACGGCGUGGUGCUGGGAGGAAUCGUUAACGGCACCGAUACGGGGGACUAUUACGACUGACUGUGUUGAGAGAGAGCUUUCUUUAUUUCGCGGGCUUCUUGACCAUCGUCUGUUGACGUAGUGUGUGCCGUUAUGACGAAUCAUUCAUCAGAUGUAUAUUCAUGUUACCUUCAUUAAACGUUUUUCUUUCCUUGUAAUUACGUUCAAGUCUAUACACAAGACCCAGCAAUUUCAUCAGUUUUGUGGAGCUUGCAAACGUGACCUCCAUGUAUAUACCCAAGUGAACUAGAUGACCAUUCGACUUAUGAGCAGUCGCAAGGAUUCACGUGAAACGUCUUUCAUUUCGCUUCGCGCAGGGGCUCGCUUGCUAAAAACGCACGUAACGCUACAUGUACGCAACAAUGUAACGAAAACGUAUAUAUUGUCGCUUAAAUCUUUGCAACUGUACGUAUACACAAGCGCCUUACUUUCGUAACGUUGUGUAGAUGAAAGAAGUCAUUACUCGAUCACGCAAGUGUAGCGUGCACAGAUGGCGCCGUUGA